AUGCUGAACCACGAGAUAAUCUCAAUAUCCGAACCUGCUGAACGGACUUGCAACACACCAACCCAUACAACCGUAUUUGACGACCCAGUUGAAUCGAAGAUUUCGAACCCUAUUGAUGACGGAGAUGCCGUAGGACCUCCCUACGAAGGAGGAACUUACAUCAUUCGAAACACCCAGACAAAACUUGCAAUCACACUCAGAGAUUCCCUUCUCUGUCUAGUGCCUCAGGACACAGAAAAUGAUCGAGCAAGUCACUGGCACUGUGAAGCAGGGACAUUAAAUUGGCUUGGUUUCUGCAAUGCGGUGUCAGGAACCUACAUAGGAUACAACAUCCACGGGAAUAUCAUUGCCGAGGCGAGACACCACCUUUGGUGGGAGUAUUGUUCUAUACGCCCACAUCCUGGUGGUGGAUACCAGCUCCUUGUUUUGCACUGGUUUGAGAAUAAGCCGAUACGAAUUGGAGAUGAGGGCACACAACUAGUCUUAGGAACGAGAGAAGAAAGAGAGACAGGAACUGAUACUCAUAUAGAACAGGCAAGCACCGCGUGGGCUGAGGGAACAUGGUGGCUGUGUACUUCUCAGGAUACAGCCGUUGCUUACAACGCAAACACAUCAGGUCAUUUCGAGGAUGCAUGCAGCGAUGUCAGCGGCAAGAUGUACAAGUGCGUGUCUAAGAGCUUGGACUUCUUCAGCUACGGAGUACAAGAUCAGCUGUGUAAGGUACCGGGAGGAAAAGACUGCGUCUUUGAGCAAAGCUGCAAGCAGCGUGUCUACAAAGCCUCAGCAUUGGAGUACGAUAUCAACAACUGCGCCAAUGCUGCUACCAUUGGACAAGCCAGUUAG